UCAGACGACAGACAUCACAUUUUGGUUUGCAAUAAAGUGGAACUAAAUUUCGACCGUGCAACUGUAAAUAACAUAUUAUGUCUUAAUGAAAGCCGCCACAAGCUUGUAUUUUACGAUGGCGGAAUCGCAGGUUGCUAACAUAGUCAACGAAAUAUUGAGGGUGGAGGCAGUAGAAGAAGCCUUCAGCUGCUUCUUGGUGUAUAAGCCUGACCAGGAGAAUGAGAGGUUAGCAACCUACCAGAAGAAACUAUGUGCCGUCAUGACUACAAUCAGUGCAGAUGUACAGGAGUCCGCCAUCAGGCAGUACCUCACGCUGACUGCGGUACUCACCAACAGACACAAAAUGAAGCAACUUCUGACACUUAUGGAAAAUUUAGUUAACACAAAUAUCAUACAGGCCCGGAUGCUCUGUGACUGCAUACUGACCAGUGAAAAACUUUCUUAUCAAAAUGCAGAUUACUGGAUCGAAUGUUUCAAUUUAAUCAGAAGAAUUAUAGGUGGUGUGGAUUACAAAGGCGUCAGAGAGAUCAUGAAGGGCUGCAGAGAAAAGGCACACACAUUACCUGUGCGGUUAAAUUCUUCAACAAUGCCUCAGAUGAAGGCCCUGUAUAAUGUCAUAGAGUACAUAUUUGACCGCAACGCGUCCUUGCUGCCCGCUUACUUUAUUGUCACGGAAAUACAAAAAGAUUAUCCUGACAAUAAUCAUUGGCCUCAUUGGCAACUUGCGAAGCUGCUGACAAGCUUUGUCGAAAGCUUCAAGCCGUGUGCACAGAUGGUGUCAAUUAUUGGGCACUCUCAUAUGUUGCCAGUAGUAGAGUACUCGGGCUACGCUGACCACUUAGUCAACCCAUGGCGCCUAGAUCCAACCACACUAAAAUUCUCUCUCAAAGGAAGUUUGCCGUAUGACGACAAACUAUUGAAGCCACAAAUAGGCCUGCUAAGACACGUUUUACAGCAGCCAUAUUCCAGAGACAUGGUGUGCUCCAUGCUGGGAUUGCAAAAGCAGCACAAGCAGCGUUGCAUCGCUCUGGAAGACCAACUAGUAGAACUCAUGAUACUAGCCAUGGAGAAGAGUGAACAGGAAAACGAAGAUGACGAAAUGUCAUCAACACACUGGUGCUGGUUACACCUAUCAUCACAAGUUAUUUAUUUAAUACUCUUUCAAUUUGCUUCAUUUCCUAAUAUAGUGAUGGGUCUUCACAAUAAAUUGAUUGGUCAUGAUAUGAGGAAAGGCAGAGAUCAUUUAAUGUGGGUGCUCCUUCAGUUUAUAUCGGGGAGUAUACAAAGGAAUCCACUGUCCAACUUCUUACCCAUAAUAAAGCUUCAUGAACUAUUGUAUCCGGAGAAGGAGCCCCUGCCGGUCCCUGAUUGUACGAGGGCCCACUGCACGCAUCAAAUGGCUGUGGUGUGUAUUUGGAUGCACUUGUUGAAAAAAGCGGAGUCGGAACAUAAAACAAUGCCUAUGCCACAAAACCUAAAAGUGCAAUAUGACUUCCUUCAGCACUUCAUGACAUCGAACAACACGCCGAACCUCAUGGGCUCAGACUACCGCAUAGCUUUGCUCUGUAACGCGUAUUCAACCAACCAAGAAUACUACGCGCGGCCCAUGGGCAUAAUUAUAGAAACACUGUUCGGCAGUCAGAAAGCUUUAUCUAACGGGAAUCCUGGGACACCAUUGCCUACAGUGCCACUGUCCAUGUGCAUACUUGACAGUCUGACGUUGCACUGCAAAAUGUCUCUGAUACAUUCUAUAGUGACGCACGUAGCGAAACUAGCGCAGAACAAGACCAGUAUACCCGGGAGCAGUAUGAUGGCGCCGGCGCUCGUGGAAACGUACAGCCGCCUGCUGGUCUACACUGAGAUUGAGUCGCUUGGAAUCAAAGGUUUCGUUAUCCAACUCCUCCCAAACGUGUUCAAGUCGCAAGCGUGGGGCAUCCUACACAACCUGCUGGACAUGUUCUCGUACCGCAUCCACCACAUCCAACCGCACUACAGGGUGACGCUGCUCUCCAACAUACACUCGCUGGCCGCGUACCCGCAGGCCAACCAGACGCAACUGCAGCUCUGUUUCGAAAGCACCGCGCUACGACUCAUUACAAGUCUGGGCAGUUCAGGCGUGCAACUACAGAUGUCGCGAGUGGUGUCCGAGCCGAAGUCACUUGUGUCACAGGACAACGAGGAGCUGAACCGAGUGCUGGUGCUCACGCUGGCGAGGGGCAUCUACAUGAGCGGCACAGCCAACGACGGAGCGGCAGUGAAAGAGUUACUUACCACUAUAAUGACGAACACACCGCACAUGUGGUCUCAGCACACGUUGCAGUGUUUCCCGCCGGUGCUGGUCGACUUUUUCUCACAGAAUCCAGCACCUAAAGAAAACAAGCAAGUGCUAAAGAAAUCCGUAGAGGAGGAGUAUCGCAAAUGGACGUCAAUGGCAAACGACAACGACAUAAUAUCUCACUUCUCCGUGCCGGGCACGCCGCUGUUCCUCUGUCUGCUGUGGAAGAUGAUCUUCGAUACAAAUAGGAUUAAUCCUAUUGCUUUCAAAAUCCUGGAACGCAUCGGCGCCCGAGCGCUCUCAGCUCACCUUCGCAAGUUCUGCGACUACCUCGUGUAUGAGGUUACCAACCCGGCGGGCGGGCCGCACAUCAACAAGUGUGUGGACGCCAUCAACGACAUCAUAUGGAAAUACAACAUCGUCACCAUCGACAGGCUCGUGCUGUGUCUGGUGCUGAGGCCAAACCCCGAUGGCAACGAGAGCCAAGUGUGCCUCUACAUCAUCCAACUCCUGUUGCUCAAGGGUUCCGAGCUUAGGAACCGGGCCCAAGACUUCGUCAAGGAGAACUCGCCUGAACACUGGAAGCAGAACAACUGGUACGACAAACACCUGGCGUUCCACAGAAAGUACCCCGAGAAAUUCGCUCCCGAAGAGGCGAGCAGCGCCUACGGCGGGCCUAUUCCCGUCUACCUCAGUAAUGUGUGUCUCCGCUUCAUCCCCGUGCUGGACAUAGUGGUGCACCGCCACCUGGAGACGCCGCAGGUCAGCAAGAACCUGGAGCAGCUGCUCGAGCACCUGGGCUACCUGUACAAGUUCCACGAUCGACCAGUAACCUUCCUAUACAACACGCUGCACUAUUACGAGACGAAGCUACGCGACAAGCCGCCGCUAAAGAGGAAGCUCGUGAACGCAGUGCUGGGGUCACUGAAGGACGUGCGGCCCGCUAGUUGGGCCACCACGGAUGCGUUCCAGGCGUACCUGGUGAAGACGGACGCGGACACCACGCCGUGGACGCCGGACCUUAACUACUACCUCAGCCUGGUUAAUAGGAUGGUUGACACAAUGGCAGGUGUAUCCCACUUCCCAAACACCGACUGGCGUUUCAACGAAUUCCCGAACCCAUCGGCGCACUCCCUCUACGUGACCUGCGUAGAACUCAUGUCCUUGCCCAUGGCACCACACGUCGUCGGCAACAGCUUGCUCGACGUGCUCACUAAGGGCUUCGUAGUCAUACCGGCGACCAACAUUCAACUCUGGAUCAACGCAAUAGGGCUCAUAAUGGCUGCUCUACCCGAUUCGUACUGGACUGUCAUUCAUGACAGGAUACUGGAAGCCAUGACCCACAGCGACAUGACCGAGUGGCCGUACCAGCACUCGCCGUUCCAGCUGUUCAACCUGGCCACGACCAACGACGCCAUGCUGGAGAACAAAUACAGCCUCACGCUGGCGUUGGCCCACGCCGUCUGGUACCACGCCGGGGCCGGCCAGAUCAUGCAGGUCCCUCAGUUCGUGAAAGAGAAGCUGUCACCCGAAAUCCACACAGAGACGCAACUAGUGUUCCUGUGCCACCUGGUGGGGCCGUUCCUGCAGCGGUUCAACGCGGACGUGUCCCGUGCCGUCAUGGACAUCACCAUAGCGCUUUACGAGCUGCUCGCGCACAUCGACAAGACGCAACCACAUCUACAAUACAUUGAUCCUAUAUGCGAUCUGCUCUACCACAUAAAAUACAUGUUCGUCGGCGACACACUCAAAAGCGAAGUGGAGACCGUGAUCCGCAAACUCCGACCCGCCCUGCAGAUGCGGCUGCGGUUCAUCACGCAUCUCAACGUGGAGCAGAUCAACACCGCCUAGCAGAGCGAAUACUACAGCUACACGCCGUCUAGCUCGAGCUCCAGCUCGGAAUAGACGGCCGAGCUGUAGACAUUUGCACGCGACUGUCCAGUUCUUAGGUGACAGCUUACCUUAAGCUUAAGCUCUGGUUUCCUAGGAAAGCGGUGACGUCAUGUAGCGGACGCAAAAAGACGGUCGUCUUUACGGUGACGACAUGUGAAAAGUUCCACGGCGUCAUAACACACCCUCAGCCACUAACGUCAAACGAAACGCAUACAGAAAAGAAAAUGGACGAACUUGAUUUAGCUUUAAUAAUUUACUUGGAGGAUGAAAUAUCAUCAGAAGAGGAAAAUAAUCGUAGUGCGGAAGAUCAUUUAUUCAAAUCUCGUGGUACAGAAGGUGCAUUUGAGAUUUUAUAGUAGAAAUAGCUUCGACGCUACCAAAUAAAACGUUCACGAAACUAUCGACACAGUCAAGACGGCCGUCAUGCAAAUGGCGUGGCGGCACCGCUUUUUGACGUUACGGUGUCAAUCACCGCCCUCUAGGAAACCGUUCCAGUUGGUUUACAUAGACAACGUUCUAGUGACGUCUUUUACCGCUGUGUUACGACCGCUAUAUGACGGCACCACUUUCCUAGGAAACCAGAGCUUAAAGCCCCAUUUAAGCGCGCGGUUGUUUUAUGCGAUAAACGCAGCAUCAAACGCGAUGCUUUUGCCGCACACCCAUUUUAAAUCAGAUAAUCUAAUGAGCGUAUAACAAUAGGGAGUACCACUGUAAAAUUCUGCCGCCAGAGUGCAGUACUAGCACCUAUCCUAUCGAAAACCAUAGAGUAACUUAUACAUACUGUGCCUUAAACAGUUUUUUGACAAGUUUUCACUUUGACGUUGAUGCAUUAAAGCGGUUUGUUUGAAAUCGAAAUUUCGUUAUCUGCCUCUCUAUCGAUCGAAUGUUAUGCAAAAGUGAUAGAGAGGCAGAAACCGAACUUUCGAUUUUCGUGUUUCGCGGUUGGCCCCGUGGUUGUGUUAGUGACGCCCUCUACGCAGUUUCGCGUAACAUUCCCUAUUUAAAAGCGCAUUGUCAUUUUCCCUACAUUCCGUGAUCGCAUGCGUUCAACGCUGCGUCUUACGCAUAAAACAACCGCGUGCUUAAGUUUAGACGGAUCAAGAACUUGCAUGCGAUUUUCGUCACGUUGCUGUAUUUGGUCGAUCGACUGAAUUAAUACUGUAUAUUUAGCAAUGUAUCAAAUAUUGCAUGCAAGUCUUCGCGCCGUUUAAAAGGGGCUUCAGUCCAUAGUCCAACGC